CUUCUACGAGUGCCACCGUGUGUUUUUGCUCCUGCCGAAUCCAAACAUGUCGACGAUUAAUUUGCCAUUAAAUUUAACCGUACGCGUACAUCCGGUAGUGCUGUUCCAGAUUGUGGAUGCCUACGAACGUCGUAAUGCCGAUUCGGAACGUGUGAUCGGCACAUUGCUCGGCUCCGUGGACAAGGGUAUCGUCGAGGUAACGAAUUGCUUCUGUUUACCGCACAAGGAACACACGGACCAGGUGGAGGCCGAAUUGGGCUAUGCGACAGAUCUGUACGAGUUGAACCAGCGUGUCAAUGCGUCGGAAAACAUCGUUGGCUGGUGGGCAUCGGGCCAGGAGGUUACAAACCACAGCUCCGUCAUCCAUGAGUAUUAUGCCCGGGAGUGUUUGAAUCCGGUGCAUCUAACGCUGGAUACAUCUCUGACCGGUGCCAGAAUGGGCAUCAAGGCGUACGUGUGCGUACCGCUGGGCAUUCCCGGUGGCAAGAGCGGAUGCAUGUUCACGCCUAUCAACGUGGAGGUGACCAGCUACGAGCCGGAAAUUGUCGGUCUGCAGCUGUGCAUGAAGACGAUCGGCAUGCAGCCGAACCCGAACCGUCCAUCGACGGUAUCACCCAUGCUCGAUUUAGCACAGGUAACCGAUGCGUCGGAUAAACUGUUGGCCCUGCUUGCCGAUGUGCUGGCCUACGUGGAGGAUGUGCUGAACGGAAAGCAGCAACCGGAGAACACGGUCGGCCGUGCGUUGCUCGAUCUGAUUCACUCCGUACCGAACAUGACCGGCGAUCAAUUUGCGCAAAUGUUCAACUCAAACGUCAAGGAUCUGUUAAUGGUGGUCACGUUGUCUCAGCUAAUUAAAACUCAACUGCAAUUGAAUGAAAAGCUAACGUCACUCACAUCGUUCCUGAACUAAAAGUGCAGCAGAUCGAUCGGGGCAGUUCGUGUGUGUGUGUGCAGGAACACUAACGGACGGACGCUGUUGGAGCGGUGUGUAGGAGGGAAGACGAUCAUUUGGGUGUGUGACUAGUGUCCAAAAAGAAGGGAAAAGAUAACGAUAAAUUAUUCCAUAAUUGAGGAUCGGCGUACGGUAUUAAUAAAGACAGCAUUAUUAUCAUGCUGAGAAAUCACCACAGAAACACGUUUGUGUCUCC